UUAAACAAAUGUGUUAACUAAACAAGGGCAAUUAGGUCAUCUAGAAAAAAAGGGGUUCCCAACGGAAUUAUAUAUUUUAGUUCAUUCAUAUCUCAUACAUCUCUUCCAACACUCACGAAAUCGAACAUCCAUCCACGAUGGUUUGCGACAAGUGUGAGAAGAAACUGUCGAAAGUAAUCGUUCCAGAUAAGUGGAAAGAAGGAGCAAGCAACACUACUGAAACCGGUGGCCGUAAGAUCAAUGAAAACAAGCUUCUUUCCAAGAAAAAUAGAUGGUCACCGUUAGGAACAACCAAGUGUAUCAUCUGCAAGCAACAAGUGCACCAAAACGGCAAGUAUUGCCAUACAUGUGCAUACUCUAAAGGGGUUUGUGCAAUGUGUGGUAAACAAGUUCUCGACACCAAGUACUACAAGCAAAGCAAUGUGUAAGUUUAGACUCUUUCAUGCUGUUUUCUAUGAAAGUCGUCUUUUGUUUUAGUCGACUUUUAUGACUCGUUAAGAUUGUAACGUUGUCCUACAUGUUAACAACAAUGUUCCUGUUUGUAUAUUGCUCUAUCAGAUUGAUCUAUAAGCAACGAAUUUGGUUUGAUUUUCUGGAUUUUA